CCUGCUCGGUCUCUUCCGGUACAGAUGGUAAACGUCCAUCAGAACGAAAACAAAACGAAGUUCUGUUGCAAGGACUGAGAGAGGCGCGCUUCAAAUCUCACUUACUACAUUGUAUUUGCAUUGGACGAUACUCCUGUGAUUAGAUCCAAAAUGCGCGACAAGGAUCUGUUGUACCCCAGUCUUGCCAAGGAGAGGAGCAGGCACAAGAAGAAGAGGCUGGUGCAGAGUCCCAACUCCUUCUUCAUGGAUGUCAAAUGCACAGGCUGUUACAAGAUCACCACCAUCUUCAGCCAUUCCCAGACAGUGGUACCUUGUGCAGGCUGCUCUUUAAUCCUCUGCCAACCAGCAGGGGGGAAAUGCAGACUAACAGAAGGCUGUGCCUUCAGGAAGAAAUAUUCCUGAGCAGAAAUAUGAAGUACAUCCCUGGAAGGCAGCAGAAUGGAAAAAUGGACCAUUGACAAAUGAGUCUGAGCCUCACACACUCCAUGAUGUUGAUUAAGUGGGUUAAGUCCUUUUUAGAGACAUUUAUCUAUCUGUAUCUUAAUUUUGUGGAGGAAACUUUCAUCAAGGAGCAAGGCUAACUCAAUUUAAACUUUAAGUACAUUUCUAUAUGCUGGGGUUAAAUUUGAUGUAUAUCAGAUUGAUAUGAUGAAGCACUUAAUGCAGAUGUGUUUUGACAACUUCUGUUGAAUGAGUAAAACAAUCUUUUGAAAUCUUCAAAAUGCAUAAAUAAGCACACUAAAUCACGGUUUCUGUAAAACAUUUAUUAGGUUGACAUGAAGGGGGUUGGUGAAUGGAAUAUUUCAAAAUGGUCUCGAUCACGUGUGAGGCUCUUUUCAUGGCCCUGGCAUGAGAUGAAACCAUGAUGACCGUCACAAACAAAAAUAAAACAUUUUAAGAAUUUAUUGUCUGUGUUAUGUGUGUUCUUUGGUCUUGAGAGUUCCCCUGGCAAAAAAAGAAGUGGUGUAACUGAAACAAAAAUAAUCAAAGCAAUACAA